AUGGAACCGCUCAACCUCCAGCAUCUCCUCACUCGCUUCUCGGACCACUGGUCCCAACGCACAAUCGGUACCCUUAAUGAUUACGAGAUCAAGCUCGCCAAGCUGCUAGGCGAAUUCGUUUGGCACUCUCAUCCGGACACCGACGAACUGUUUCUCAUCUUAUACGGCACGCUGAAUAUUCAAUUGCGGGACCGAGAUGUCAUCUUGAAGCCCGGGGACGUAUUUGUGGUCCCGAAAGGUGUAGAGCAUUGCCCAAAAGCGGACCAAGAGGUUGGGGUGCUGCUCUUGGAACCGAAGGGGGUGGUGAACACUGGCGAUUCGGAGAGGGAGGACCUCAGGAUUGCGCCGAAGGCUAUGGAGGGUCUCUCUGAGCGAUUGUGA